AUGAGUGGUAACGUGCAGCAGCACCCGCCGCCCGAUUCCCCUUUCCCGCGACCCGAUUCCCCUUUCCUGGCGCUUGAUUCCCCUUUCCCGUCGCCCGAUUCCCCUUUCCCGCCGCCUGAUUCCCCUUUCCGCGCCCGAUUCUCCUUUCCCGCCGCCACGAUUUCCCUUUCCCGCAGCCCGAUUCCCCUUCCCGCCGCCCAAUUCCCCUUCCCGCGCCCGAUUCCCCCUUUCUCGCCGCUCGGUUCCCCCUUCCCGCGCCCGAUUCCCUUUUUCCGCCGCCCGUUUCCCCGUUCCCGCCAUGGGAGCUCCCCUUCCUGCCUUCCAUUCUCCCCUUCCCGCCUCCCAUUCUCCCCUUCCCGCCUCCCAUUCUCCCCUUCCCUCCUCCCAUUUUCUCCUUCCCGCCCCCCAUUCUCCCCUUGCUCCUCCCAUUCUCCCCUUCCCGCCUCCCUUUCUCCUCUUCCCGCCUCCCAUUCUCCCCUUCCCGCCUCCCUUUCUCCCCUUUCCACCUCUCAUUUUCUCCUUCCCGCCUCCCAUUCUCCCCUUGCUCCUCCCAUUCUCCCCUUCCCGCCUCCCUUUCUCCUCUUCUCGCCUCCCAUUCUCCCCUUCCCGCCUCCCUUUCUCCCCUUUCCACCUCUCAUUUUCUCCUUCCCGCCUCCCAUUCUCCCCUUGCUCCUCCCAUUCGCCCCUUUCCGCCUCCCAUUCUCCCCUUUCCGCCUCCCAUUCUUCCCUUCCCGCCUCCCAUUCUCCCCUUUCCGCCUCCCGAGAGAAGCCUCGUCCCGCCGUCCCCCCCUACCUUCUCUCCGUUACCUCCCUUUCAUCCCUUCCCUCCCUCAAUUCUCCCUCCCGACAUCUCUCCCGUCUCUCCUUUCACUCCCUUUCAUCCCUUCCCCCCCUUGA